CAGGGCGCCGAGUGGCCCUUUCGGCCACGGCUCCGCCAGAACAGCAGGAGGCGACGGAAGGAGCAGGAAGCUCCCGGGCGGGCAGCCUCCCUCCCUCCCUCUGAAACCCCUGAAAGGCGGCGGGAGUCAGGAAACCGGGAGAGUCACCGCCUCCCCCCUCAAGCUCGGGUCCAACAUCAGCUUCUGAUCAACUGGGGGGGGGGAAAAAAACCAAAUAUAAAGGGGGCGGAAUGGCGGCAAAUAUGUACAGGGUCGGAGACUACGUUUAUUUUGAAAACUCUUCCAGUAAUCCUUACUUAAUAAGAAGAAUAGAAGAGCUCAAUAAGACUGCAAGUGGCAACGUGGAAGCAAAGGUGGUCUGCUUUUACCGGCGUCGGGACAUUUCAAACAGCCUAAUAGUACUUGCGGAUAAACAUGCAAAGGAAAUGGAGGAAGAACUGGAAACACCAAGUAUUUUAGAUUUGACAGAGAAACAAAGACAUCAGCUUAAACACCGGGAGAUAUUUCUGUCUCGCCAAUAUGAGUCCCUUCCGGCCACACACAUAAGGGGCAAAUGCGGUGUUUCACUUUUGAACGAAACAGAGUCAGUGGCCUGCUAUUUGGAAAAAGAGGAUGGUUUUUUCUACUCCUUGGUCUAUGAUCCCUCACAGAAAACACUUCUAGCAGACAAAGGAGAAAUAAGAGUGGGUUCUCGAUACCAAGCAGAUGUUUCAGACAUGCUGAAUGAAGGUGAAUCAGAUGCCAGAGAUCAGUCGAAGAUGGAAGUUAAGGUUUGGGAUCCUGACAACCCAUUGAAUGAUCGACAGAUAGAUCAGUUCCUGGUAGUUGCACGUGCUGUGGGUACAUUUGCUCGAGCUCUGGAUUGUAGCAGUUCUGUCAGACAGCCCAGUUUACAUAUGAGUGCAGCAGCUGCUUCAAGGGACAUAACCCUGUUCCACGCAAUGGACACAUUGCACAAGCACAACUAUGAUUUGACAAAUGCAAUCAGCAUUUUGGUACCUCAGGGUGGUCCUGUACUCUGCAGAGAUGAAAUGGAAGAAUGGUCUGCAUCUGAAGCUAGCCUUUUUGAAGAAGCAUUGGAAAAGUAUGGCAAGGAUUUUAAUGACAUACGACAAGACUUUCUGCCAUGGAAAUCACUCACCAGCAUCAUAGAGUACUAUUACAUGUGGAAAACUACAGAUAGAUAUGUACAGCAGAAACGUCUUAAGGCAGCUGAGGCAGAAAGCAAACUGAAACAGGUGUACAUCCCAACAUACAAUAAACCUAAUCCCAAUCAGAUAUCAAGCAUUAAUGGAAAGCCUGCUGUGGUGAAUGGUCCAGUUGGAGGAGUGGUUUUUCAAACCCAGAACUCUGGCAUAGGCCGGCCCUGUGAAAGUUGUUACAUCACACAAUCUCAACAGUGGUAUUCGUGGGGACCUCCAAAUAUGCAAUGUAGACUUUGUGCUUCAUGCUGGACCUACUGGAAGAAGUAUGGUGGCUUGAAGAUGCCUACUCGAACAGAGGCAGAAAAACUGUCACCCACACACGAUAUUUCGGAGCCGCACAUAAGAGGUGCCUUUCGUCAUGGUCAACCUGGGCAUGGUGUGCCAAUACACAUUGAUAGUCCAAAGUCUACUUUGAAGACCCGUCAGUCUUUCUUCCUGCAGACAACACAUCUUACAAAACUUGCCAGACAUGUCUGCAGAGAUAUUCUGCGGCUGAAACAGGCAGCAAGGAGGCCAUUUGUUCCAAUUAACUGUGCUGCCAUUAAGGCAGAAUGUACAAUGAGAUUUCCAGAAGCAGUGAAAAGACCACUGACUACCAAAGCUCCUUUGAGGAAACCUCUGACAAGUGUUAUCAAGUAUCUUGAAGUGCAUCCUGUUGUAAAUCCAAAGGUGUUAAGAAGGGUGCCAAGCCUUACUUCAGGGAACUCCAGUCAAUCACCAAAACGACUAUUUGCAAUUCAAAACCAUGGCUCUCCAACAAUUCUCGGAAAGCAAAACUACAGCCAGCACAACGGUGUGGAUGGAAGUGUGAAGAAACGACUUUUGAUGUCCUACAGGGAUAUUACAAGUCGCGUACAAGGACCACUAAUGAGCACUGACCAUUUCUCAUACCUGGCUAAUGGAAAAGGAAUGUCGACAGGCAUCAAUGCAAUCCAGCCUGGCACCAUUCCGGUCAUCAAGAGACAACGACCAAACUGGAUUGAUGCCCCGGAUGAUGGCUUUUUUAUGGUUACUGAGGAAACAAGAUGGAUGCCCAGUUCCAGUUUCCCUACAGUCAGGAAGAAGAUUCGCAAACUUCUGUCGCCUUCUGAGAUGAGGAGAGCUUCUAGGCGACCUUGCCUCCCAGUUGUUGUGCCAUCUCUUCAACCCUCAUUUACUCCCUCUAAUCAAUACAAACGACCUGACACUGCAGAAGCCAUUGUCAUUGCAGACUGAGAACAUGAAAACACGGAUUGAGUCAGACUGUCAAGCUUGUCAAGAAUAGAGCAUUGAAGCUACAGAUCACAUGGAUUUCUUUUCAGGCCUUUAUAACAUUAUUGUCAGUUGUUUGGUGUCAAGACAAAUGAGUAAAUCAGUGUUUACAUUUUGAUGGCGGAGUUGUUUUGCCACUCUCAGCAGACAAACAUGCCUAUUGUUUCACUUAUAUUAUUUCCUAGUGCUACCUGAACAGUGGUGAGAGCAAAUAUGUUAAUGUCUUGUAUAGUUUGUUU